AUGAAAACCACAAUGAGCCUGCGCUCAUUCCAGCGCACAUUUGGACAUGCUUUCUACACAUACAACGCUCCCUUCCGGACACCGCAACAACCCUCGAUUCGCGCCUUCAACUUGUCAUCGACGAGGAAACAGCCUCUACCAGCACGAGUAGCGCAUCAAAGAUGCCGACAUCAAUCAACAGACUCGUCCGCACCAUUCCGCCCUCUCACUAACCGCGAGCCCACGUCAACCUCCGAAACAUCCGAGAACACCACCUCCCAGGCCGAUGAGAUCGCCAUGCGCAAAGCCCUCUCGCCCGCCUACCAGCUCUGGUUCACCUGCAAAAAGUGCCUAGAGCGAUCGGGUCAUACCGUAUCGAAACAAUCAUAUCACUUCGGGACCUGCGUGAUCAAUUGUCCGAAGUGCAAGAGUCAGCACUUGAUCAGUGAUCAUCUGGGGAUCUUUGAGGACAAGAGCAUGACUAUGGAGGAUAUCGCGAAAAGGCAUGGAGAGAAGUUGAAGAAGGGUCGACUUGGUGCUGAUGGGGACAUCGAGUUCUAUGACGAUGCAGCGACCGAGAAGGUUACGCGUGGGACUUGA